CCGCUCGCCGCCGCCCUCGCGAAGUGUCCGCGUCUCCUGUCCUCUUCGCCCACGCAACCCGCACGCCACACGCGUCCGGCCGGCGCCCUUUCCGCCCCGCUCCCCCUCCCCCUCACCCUCGCCCGAGUUUCACCCAUGAUCGGCACGUUUUGGAACCUUUGCAGAGCAUGCCCCUCCAUGCCCAUCGACAAGCUCCAUUCGGAGUACCAGAGCACGUAUCGAUGGUACGAAUACAGAGGCCCAAUUCAAGAGGUUGUCAACAAACCACCGCAACCCGUCGCCAAUGGCUCGGCGCCCGUCACUAAGGAGACAACUGUCAAGAUAGAAUCAAAUGAGCCGAGAACGACCGUUGAUGUCGUUGAUGCUGCAACAGCGAGAAAACGAGUCGAGCCGGCGUUACCGCGGCGUCGGAAAAACCCGGAACUGGCUUACAAAACGACACAUCGCUUCAUUUCGACGAUGAACGAGGAACGGGACAAAGUCCCCAACGAUAUCCCCGCCAUCACUUCCGAACGAGCACGAUCGGAAGAGCGAGGCGGGGCCAAGCUGAAGGCGGCCGGAUCCUCGCGAAGGAGCAGGUCCGAGGGUCCCCCGAACGCCACGUUUAGGUUGCGCUACGGUCGCGGUAGAGCGCGCACCCGUCUCAUCCUCCGCAACGACUCGGACGAAGGAGCGAAACACGAACGUACAAAUGGCCCUGCUUCAGCCGCGUUCAGGAACGCAGUAGCGAAGAUCAGCACAGAGUACAGACUGCAGUUUGCCUGGCCGAGAGAGGGCGAGGAACACAUGUCCAAUGGGAAGCCGCCGGCUGGCAUGGUCGUCCCCGAACCAGGACUCGGCCCCCCGCGUAAAUCCAUCUCCAUGGGAACCAUCAAGGCCAACCAAUCAAACAUAGCGCCCGUUCACAGGAAAAAGAACGCCGAAGUCGACAGGAAAGACGGACAAUCAGAAGCAGAACCACCAGUGACUGAAAGUAAAAAUGAAGAUUUAAGGGAAUACAAAACUGAGUACAAGAAAAAGUUUCGUCCGUUCUCUCAUUAUGAUUACGUUGGAGGUCGUUUCCUUCAAAAGGAAGCAUCUGAUGAAAAACAAACUGAAGUUAGCAUUCCCACUGACUCAACAUGGUACAAGGAGGUUUUAGAGUUAAGGCAGAAAGCUGAUGAAUACAAGCACCGAGGAUGGGGCGUGGAGUUAUUAAAUGAAUCAGAAACAGAUAGCAGGCAUCUAUGGGAGCAAGUACAGUGUCGCAGCUCUCUCUUAGCCUUGUCAUUAGCAUCAACGACUCCAAGAUCUGGUGUAAAAGAAGAGAAAGCUCCCAAAAAAGUUUGGCCCACAAGAACGGCAUGGUCAAGAACAACCACACCACAUCAACGUGAUAGAUCUGUUACCCAUAAUAAGGAGGAAAGGAGUCAAUCCAGAGUGCGAGGAACUAGGGAUAAUGCUGCCAAAUUACAUAUUCGCUCAGCAGCAGGGCGCUCAAAAUCUGUUGAUCCAGGUAUUAGUGAAACAAAAUCUCCAAGGAAAACACCUCGUUCCCCAGUACCACAAGCAAAUGCCAAAAGUGCGAAACCUCAUUCAGAAGCCAAACGUCCAACCACCUUAACCACUACAGCUCCCUCACGACUUAAAAGUAGUCUGUCAACCAAAAAGUCUAAAGAUGAUUUGAAAGAUAAAAAUUCAGCCGCACCAACCGCAAAGAGUCCUGGACAGCCGGUUAAAAAGAGAGUGGAUACAAGUAAAAAAGGUGCAGAGAGCGAAAAAAAAGAAGAUGAGGAGCCAACUUCACUAAUUGACGAGCCAAUCGUGAAGUCACCUCCAGAACCGACUAGGGUCAAGUCUCCGGAGCAAAUGAUGAUGCGAUCGCCGGAGCCAGUGAACUGGACCGUCCCCUUGGAUACUGGGAAAACCUUCACUGUCACGCAAAAUGUGCAAGCUUCGCCUAUUCAUAUGAAGCCUAAAGGUGAAGCUUUAGCUCGGCUCCAAGGAGAAAGUAUUCCAACGACAACUCCUCAUGCACAUAGUCAGGUGUCUUCAGGUAAUAGUUUAUCGCUUGAAUCAUUAGAAGUAUGUAAAAUCAUGGACUUGUCACUCUCUAACGAUAAUCUAGAUCAUCACUUUGAGCCACUGAAUGUUUCCUCCCCGGUUCCUCGAGAAGCUUUAGACCAAGUCAAUGGUGGGAACGAUCUGUGUCAGACUGCUUUUGAAACCAACGAUGCCACUAAAAUUGAGAGCCAACUGAGUAGAUCAAAACGCUCAGUAUUAAGCCCCGUUGAAAACUUGACAGAUUUCGAGAAAUUCAAUAAUGUGGUUGUAGAUGACCUUGAGGUAGAUAAAUACUCCGGGAAUGAUUUUGAUAGCAAUGAAAGGGGCAGAACCUUAAAUGAUAGUGGAUUUGAGAAGGAAGAAGAGAGGCAGCUGAAUUUUUCAGCCCCCGUCUCGCCAGAAAAGAGUGUAGAAGAAAUGGAUGAAAUUUUGGAAAAAGAAAAACUAGAUGAGCAUAAUGGUAAUAUAUCAGAAGGCUACGUCAGUGUGGACAAAGCUAGUAACGAAAUGAACGACUCUUUCAACAGCUAUGAAGAUAUCCAGGACCCAAAACCAAACGCACCCUUUGAAAACGCAGCUUUUCAUCGCUCCAACUCAGACUUAUCCGAGAAUUUAAAUCAGUCUUUGGGUAAGUAUUCAGUUGAUGAUGAAACUGAAUCUUUCAAGUUGGACACGGGCCACUUCACUGACUUGGAACACGAAAGUAUCUUUACCAAAGAAGAUUUGAUGAGCGAAAAGAAUGCAAGUUCGCUUGAUGGCAGUGAACUGAAUUAUCCUCUCAGCAUGAACGAUAACACGGUCGUUUCAAAUGUUGAGAAGGCAAUGUCUGUGCAUGCAGACAUUGAAAUGAAUGAUGACAGGGACUCAGAUAGCAUUGAUUCAGUCAUUGAUACAGCACCAGAUGUUACAGAUCUUACAAAGGAAGUCUCGGCACAAGAAACUGAAGCUUGUCCUAGAGGAGAAAAUCCCGUUGCAUCAAGUGUUGAAUCAGACAAAGGGCCGUCAGAUAAUGUCAUUGAAGAUUUGACCAGUGAGUUCAUUGAUCGGGAGGUUGGAUUUGAAAGUAACUUGAGCAAAAUUAUGGAAUCAAAUGUUGGCUUGAAUGAAGAAAAAGCGGAGAGCAGAAGUGAAUCUUCAGUAACAGCAUCCUUGAACUUUCCAGUUGGUACAAGUCCAGAUUGUGAGUUAAAUGAUGGUGAGAGACAAGAUCACCCAGUGGAAAUCCCCAUUGUUGAAGAAAAGUUCUCAAAUGAAGAUGUGAAAGAGGAUAGCAACGAAGUCAUCUCUGACGGUGCACUUUUUAAGAACUUGAAGAAUGAUGAUAGUGAAGCUAUAAACUUUGAGGGUCCAGCUGAGGCUUUCAAAGAAAGUGGAGAAAUCGCUAAUGUAAGUCUCACAAGUCAAGCUGAGCUUAAAAACAUGGAAGAUAUCAAUAAUUACUCUGAAUCAUUCAAUAUUGAUGAUGAGCUCAAUGUGCAGAAUGACCUUCCCAAGGAAGAAAACGGAAUUUCAGAAAGUGAAAUUGUAAGUGAGAAAUGUGUUUUUGUAAGUGAUGAACUUAAUACUCAUACACCUAUGCCCGUAAAUGAAGAAUUUGAAGUUGGGUCACUGCAUUUAAAGGAUAUCACUAAGGAGUCAGCCAAUGUUCAUGAUGACCACAGUGAAGCCAACAAACUACUUAACGGGUUGAAAGAGAAUAGUUCUGAUUCUAUCCACCACAACGCAGAGCUCGAUGAUACCGAAGAUAGAUAUGCUGUGGUCUCAACUCCUGAUCUUGAGGAGACUCCAUCUGAAAUUCCACCCAGUUCAAGCGAAAAAAGCUUGCUAUCUCUCUCAACCCCUCAUUUAGAUAACAGUGAAGGAACCAGGUCAGAUGGUUUCAGCUCUGAUAAUCACCGAGCAUCACCGACUCCUAAUUUUGAACACAAGUUCACCGAAAGUGAACACAAUCUGGAGUCCUUGAUAGUGCCAAGUUCUGUCCCUUUGACAAAAGAAAAUCCUCCAAUUAUCGGAGAAUUUGAAAUUCCAAGUGAGAUCGACAGCAGUUCUCAAGGUUCGCCUCCUGACGGGAACGAAACGCUGCCUAUUGAGCAAAAUCCAAAAUAUUUAUCCGACAACGAAAAAUUAAACUUGAAUCAAGAAGUAAUAAACUCAGAGAAUAAUGAAAACUCACAUCAAUACACAUUUGAGAUUAGUCAUGGAGUCUCAGCUAUGACCACUGAAGUGAAUCAUGAAGAGACGCCUGAUCUGUCUGAAAUUAGUAACCAAGACUUAGCCAAGACUGAAGUAACGGAACAGGCGGAGAGCGAAGAUCCAGAAAAUAGCAGGUUGGGAUCUGGAGAUUCGGAACAAAAGGUAGACAUUGAUGAACAAUUUUUGGCAGAGGGAAUUGGAUAUGAAAUCAGCUCAGAAGUUGAGAACCAAGAGACAUCUGACCAAUUCGCUGUUGGGCUUUCAAGCACAGUAGUAAAUGGUUUUAUAGAGUCAGAUCCUAAAGUUGAUGAGAAUAAUCAUGACUCCCCAAAUGAAGAUGAUGCCUCAGAUCAUUUUUCUAAGUCAGGUUUUCCAUCGAUCAAAGAUAGUGUGAAUGAUGCACCCACAACAAGUUCCGAGGACAUUCACAGUGAAGAAGAGCUUCACGUUCUUAACUCCAACGAUAGUCGGUCAGUUUCACCAGUAAGCGUGAAAGAAGCUUAUCCAAGUACAAAAGGUGCCAGUUUAGAUUUCUCUGAAAAAUCUGAUGCUUUUCUGCCCUCCGAGGCAUUAGAAGUCGUUGACAAAAAUGAGGAAGUUUCCAAUAUUUCUAAUGAAAUAUCCGUCUUGCCUCCCACAGGAGAGACAUUAAAAACCAACGGUUUAAGUGCAGUGGUCCCUGACUUUUUCAUCGAACAGUCUGACACAGUUUUAUACCCUGAGGCGCUGAAAACCAAUGGCUUCGGUAAAACGAAUUCAGUCACUCCUGACAUCAGGAAGGAACAUGUGUUUCAAGAUAACGCAGAUACCCAUCUUGAUAAACAGUCAAUAUCUGUUCAAAAUUUUUUUUCCGAUUUCAAAACGGUAUACACUGCCGAGCAUUUGAAUGGCGAGCAAUUGAUUCGAUCCCAUUCCCCAAGCAAUGGUGGCGGCAACUUUGAAUUCGAGGCCGCUCAAAAUAUUAGUCACUCAUAAUUGUCCUAACUGCCUUCAUUGAUAGUGAUGCUCACCUCGGAAAUUGUUCUCUCGUAGAUCUUGCCAUUUUCAAAUGAAGCAGCACCUCUUUUUUGACUGUUAUACUUGUGGCAUGCAUCUUGAUUUGAACGGCACAUUUAUGAUAUUUUUUUUUAGUUUUUUUUAAUUUAUCUAUUUAUUUUUUUAAAGUAUUUUGUAGUCUGCACUAACAGUUCCCAAAAGCCGAAAGCAUUUAACUUUGAAAUAGCCGUUUUAGACAGAUUAAUAGGGAGAAAUGCUGCAAAUAAGUGGGAAAAUUCUGUCAAGAAUUUUGCUCGAUAUUGUAACUCCUGGGUCGGAAUUUUGUUGGUCGUACUCAAAUACACUUAAGACAAGUCUCAACCGCAUCUAAGUCCGGCUUAGUGCCACUGAUCGGCUGGUAGUGCGGUUUGGACUCAUUGAUAGAUGUUGCAUCUCCACAAGAAGCCGGCAAAAUUUGGCCCCUGUCAUGUACCCUUAAACUAGGUACGAAUGUAAGCAUUUUGAUGUAUAUUCUUGUCUCAAAAUUUCAACGAUUCAUGCAAAAAAAAAUUACUGAUAUUUACUCCAAACCAAAAUAUGAACGUUUCCAUCUAGCGUUGGUUACGAAAAUUUUGAAUUGCGUAUGAGGGGAAAGUUUGAAUUUAUGCAUGGAAAAAUGUUAAUAUCUUAGUAUGAUGUCUCUCUGAAUGAUUUUCCUUGCAUAAACCGUGUCCCCCUAUGUGUAAUUAUAAUGAGAGCAUAUUUAUUAGAAUGCAUAUAUUUGCACCUUAUCGAGUGGCCCAUCGAGUAAAGCUCCAAUGUCAGAUAUCUUGAAAGACAAUGUAUAUUAAAAAUGGGCCAGAAUCAUGCUAAAAUGAGCCGUAUAUUUUAAAAUAAAUAAUUUUACAUUGUUUGUUCCUAAGUUUUAUUUUUUUGUGGCUUUUUCCCACCCCUGAUAUAACUAAAAGCAAACAUUUCAGAGAUAUUUUCAGGAAAAAAUAUACGGCAAAGACACCCCAUGGUACUAUAGAAUGUAUAUUAAAUUUACUUGUGGAUUAUAAUUAUUGGUUUAGUGGCAGCAUGAUGAUUUCUGGUUAACAGCUUUAUUCUUUUAACAUAUUUUGAUCGGCUGUUUGGUUCGUGGGAACUGUUUUUUUUGUUGAUGAAGUACUACAUAGUUUAAAAAGUGAAUUCUUGUGAUUUUUAUUGUUUCUCCAAGGUUUAAAAAAUCUUACCUUGUUGUUUCCUAUUCGAUGUAAUGGUUCUUUGUGAUUUUUACUUUUGUAAAAUUUGAUGAUUAUUUUAGACUUCUUUUGUUGGUUUAGCAUGAUGUUGCUCUAAAUUACUUUUGUUGAAAUUUUAAAAUCUCAUUUUUCCUUCUUUUUUUAUCAUGGAAUCCUAACAUAGGUUAUGAAAUAAAACUGUAUUAUUUUAUCACGUAGAAUUAUUAGGUGUAUGCUAAGUGAAAGAGAAUUUUACUGUGAUCAUAGGUUCAAAAAUGCUUCAAAACGCAUCACUCACCCAGCAAAUGCUGAGUUGUAGGCAUAAAAAUACAAAGUUAUCCUAUCCUAUUAUUAUGCUCAACAUUAAAGAAAUUGCAAAA